AUGAACGUUCCUUUGUGGACCAUUCAUUCCAUUCAUUCAAAUUCUUUAUCAGAUCAAUAUUCCAGAAGGCCAAAUGUUUAUGAAUGGUCCUCACCACCCUCACUCAUGCAUAUCCCUGGAACACCCUUUCAAUCGGUUGGACAGAUUCCCUAUGAUCGUGGACAUUUGGUUCCAUGCGGUGAUUUUACUGCAUUCAGUGAAAAAUAUGAAACGUUUAAUAUCAUCAAUCGAGCUCCACAACUUUCGCAAAAUAAUCAAGGAGUUUGGAAUCAGUUAGAACAAGCAUUACGGAAUGCCAUUGAUCAAGUGGCAGCACAAAAUAAUGUACAUGUUGAGGCCAUUGUGGUAACAAGACCUCUCUAUGAUAAGAAAUAUAAUUUUCAAAUCACAACCACAAAAGGAAUCAAUUCAAUUCGAACUCAAAUUCCAUUUUCUUUCAAUAAGGCGGUGUUAAUUUAUUAUGAUGGGACAUUGAGAGAGGCUUUUUGUUUGAGCGUUUUGAAUCGAAUUGUUGAACAUUCAAGUAACUUUAUGAAUUUUAUUAAGGAUUUUUCACAAUGUGACAAUCGUGUGAAAGAAGGAAUUGUGAUUAAUAGCUUCUCUGUUGGACAGGUAUUCAAUUUUAUCAAGAAUGAAAUGCAAAAACGGUCAUACCAGCAUCCUACCCCAAGACGUGACGAUUCUUAUAAAACUAAUUCUGUUAGAACAUGGAACGGCUUUUGGAACACAUAUUCGAGCAAAGCUUAUGGAUGGUGGAAAAAUACGAAACGAUAUUUCCGCAAAAACAGACCAUUCUUCUUUCCAAGAAGAAGACGACGUCAAGCUAAAUGGAAAAGACCUUAUCAAAGACGAAACCGUUAUGAAUAUCACAAUCAACACCGACGACGACGAAGAAGAUAUUAA